GCUGCAGAGAGAGGUAUUUUACGAGCUUGAAGUUUGAGAAGGAAAAAAAAAGCAAAAAAAGAAGAAAAAUAAUCCAAAGAAAAAAUUAAAUUUUGCAUAAAGAAAAUUAAGCCUAUUUUAACACAUUUAUUCUCAUUAAAACAUUAUAAACGUAAUAUUGUUAGCUAAUGUUCUUACAUUAGUAUUAAGUGUUAAGUAAUCUAGCUUUUUAUACUGGGGGUCCCUGUGAAGGCCCAGGCAGAGAGUUUGGGUGGGGGUGUCCCUGCUGGUUCAGAGCUUUACAGCAGCGGCUCCUCUAAAAUUCGCUCGUCUAACCGCAUCAGGUCAGUCCGUGUUUUACACGUUGCCUGGGAACAACAACAACGCCGUUUAAAUAGCCUACUCUUCACGACUCUCGCUCAUUUCUCUCUAACGUCAGGAAGUACAGACACAAAAAGUCGUCCAAAACUGCAGAAGAUUAAAACAUGCGAUGAAAACAGUCUUUUUUUAAUAAUCGACAGAUAGCGUUCAGCUGCGGGGAAGAGCCGGUGAGAGUAUCCAGUCAGGAAUCACCGGACUCUCUCUUCAGUGGAAGCGCGUGUCCGAGCGCUGGAGACGCGCAGAGCGCGUGAGCUGUACACAUCCGCGUCGGUUUGAACCGCACCUGAUCUGAGGCACAACAGUAACAGAGGUCCUGUGAACUCAUAGAUGCUGUUGAAACCAAGAGCUAAAUCUUCUCUAAAGGAUGAAGAUCACAGCGCCUUCUAGAAUAUAUCUUCUCUUUAGUAGUCCUGUAUAAGUGUAAGGAUCUUGUUUGACAUCCAUCUGGAUGGUUUGAACCAGGAUGGCCAAGCCAUCCUUUUUAAGAAGAGCUCAGUUGCUCCUGUUUUUUCUGGGUGUGGCUUACAUCAUGGCAGGAAGCGUGUUACUGCUUCAGCGCUCCAGUGUGGUAACAUUUCAGAGAGACACGGAGACCAUGGCACUCCCUUCCCUACCAGCGCCACCUAGAGCCCUGGAAGUACCUCCUGCCAGGUGGUUGUACAGGAGGAACGUCAUCCAGAAUAUGGAGAACCAACCUCUUGAGCAGACAGGUGAUAUAAUGGACCAGAAGCACCUCAUAUCUCGUAACCUGGAAAUCAGGCAUCUGAGACGCCAUUGGUUUCACGGUAAUGCUGAACAGAAAAUCUCUUCUAAACAUAAUCUGUCACACAAGGAAGCCAGACAUAAAGGGACCUACAUUGGAUGUUUUAUAAACAAUGAAACGGAGCAUGCACUCGGCGGGACCAUUCUUUAUGAUUUCCGUAAAAUGACCAGCGCCCUGUGUCAGGACACCUGCUCAGAGAGUGGGUUCCGGUACGCUGGGCUGGAGUAUGGAGCGGAGUGCCAUUGUGGCAAUCGGGUCUGUUCCCGCCGGGCUCGGGGAGAGGAUUGUAAUCUGGAUUGCCGGGGAGAGAAAGGAUCCCCUUGCGGAGGGGUGGAGCGCAUGUCUGUUUACAGGGUUGAGGACCGUCUUCCGGGACAGAGAAGAUACAGAACUGUGCACUACCACGGCUGUUACAAGAGGCCAAAGAACUCUACCACUGACUUCCUGAUCCAGACCUCUGGGCCGACACACACUCUUCAGCAGUGUAUCGAGACCUGUACAGAUCAGGACCUUCCAUUGGCCCUUUUGAAAGGGCAGGACUGUUUCUGCAGCCAUGCCCCAUUUCUCUUCACAAUCCAGAUGAGUGAACAGGAACACAUGUGUGAGAGGGGCAACCAAACAAACCACACUUCCCCUUAUGACCUGGACUACUACUGGGUGUACAGUACUCCUGUGUUAGAUGCAACAUGCAAAGAAAGGACAUUUCUGCCCCAGAAGUCCAGGACUCUCGUGGCCCUGUCCAGCUUUCCAGGGGCAGGAAACACCUGGUUACGUCACCUGAUUGAACUCGCCACAGGAUUCUAUACCGGCAGCUAUUACUUUGACGGAUCUCUGUACAACAAAGAUUUCUACAUCUCUGCAGGUUUUAAAGGAGAGAAGGAUUACUGGCAGAGCGGGAGAGUCAUCUGCGUCAAGACUCACGAAAGCGGCCAGCGAGAGAUCGAAAUGUUCGACUCUGCCAUCCUGCUGUUGCGAAACCCCUAUCGCUCUCUAAUAGCAGAGUUCAACCGAAAGUGUGCCGGACACCUGGGCUACGCAUCGGACGUUCACUGGAGGAGCAAAGAGUGGUCUGAGUUUGUGGACAGCUAUUCAACCUGGUGGGUGUCUCACGCUCUGGCCUGGUUGCGAUUUGCCCACCGCCUGCUGGUGGUACACUUUGAAAAUCUUCAGAAAGAUCUAGUCCCUCAGUUAAAGACUAUCACCACUUUCCUGAACAUCAGCAUUCCUGAGGAAAGACUCCUAUGCACGGAGAGCAACAGAGACGGCCAUUUCAAACGCUCUGGGUCUCGUAGCCUGACUUUUGACCACUUCACCCCUGAGAUGAGAGCUCGUAUAGAUGAAUACAUCCACACAGUAGAUAAAGCCCUCAGAGACAGAAACCUCAGCGGCCUUCCACAGGAAUACGUGCCCAGGUGAGGGUACAUGAGUGCAGCUGCUGCCCCCUGCUGGAGGGAGGACACAGAGCCACAAAGUGCCUGAGUGAAAAACACAACUGACAUCUCUCAAAGCCUUUGAAAUGCUGUGUUUGUUUGUCUGUUUUAUGUGUGCUUUUUGUUUGUGGUUGAUGUAUUAUUGGCAGUGUGGAGACUGUGUCUAGUUUGUGUUAUCAUUAAACUGAUUAAUUCUCAUAG